AUGAAGCUUUUAAAAUUUGUACAAUCGGCUGUCAACAAAGCACAAAGAUGUAACUUUUCCGCACAAGCUCUACCUACCCCAAAAACCAACCCAGAUGUGCUCUACUCAGGUAUUUUUAUUAACAAUGAAUGGCAUAAGUCGAAAUCUGGCAAAACUUUCGAAACCAUUAACCCUUCUACCGGUAAAGUAAUCACAGAAGUUCAACAAGGUGGUAAAGAAGACAUUGAUAUAGCAGUCGAAGCCGCAAAUGAAGCAUUCAAAUUUGGUUCUUGCUGGAGAACUAUGGACGCUUCUGAAAGAGGUCGUCUCCUUUACAAAUUAGCCGAUUUAAUCGAAAGAGAUGCUGAAUAUGUAGCCGCUUUGGAAACUCUGGACAAUGGCAAACCUUUUAACCUGUCCUACCCAAUAGACAUAGCCGGCUCCAUAAAGGUGUUGCGAUACAUGGCCGGCUGGGCAGACAAAAACCAUGGCAAAACCAUACCUAUGGACGGGAAGUUCUUUUGCUAUACCCGCCAUGAGCCCGUUGGCGUGUGCGGUCAAAUUAUUCCGUGGAACUUUCCGCUUCUGAUGUUCGCGUGGAAAAUUGCGCCUGCACUCAGCAUGGGAAAUACCGUUGUGAUUAAGCCAGCCGAACAGACCCCGCUCACGGCCCUCUAUGUUGCUCAACUUGCAAAGGAGGCUGGAUUUCCUGCGGGAGUACUGAAUGUGGUGCCCGGUUUUGGAGACGCUGGAGCCGCUCUUGUUUCUAACACUAAAGUCGAUAAAAUCGCUUUUACCGGCUCAACCGAGGUUGGUUUGAAGAUUCAACAAGGCGCAGGAAUGCACAACUUAAAACGCACAACUCUCGAGCUGGGAGGAAAAAGUCCCAACAUUAUUUUGGCCGAUGUUGAUAUCAAAAAAGCCGUUGAAGCUGCUCAUUUCGGUCUCUUCUUUAAUCAAGGUCAAGUGUGCUGCGCUGGCUCUAGAACAUUUAUUCAAGACAAAAUUUACGAUGAGUUUGUUGAAAGAUCUGUAGAACGCGCAAAAAGACGUAUCACUGGAGAUCCCUUUGAUCCUAAGACGGAACAAGGACCUCAAGUGGAUGAGACUCAAAUGAAAAGAAUUUUAGGCCUUAUUGAUCAGGGUGUCAAGGAAGGGGCUCAACUACUGACCGGGGGCAAACGCCAUGGUGAUGAGGGUUACUUCGUUCAACCAACAGUUUUUAGCAACGUAGAAGAUCAUCACGUCAUCGCCACAGAAGAAAUUUUUGGACCAGUUCAGCAACUAAUGAAAUUCAGUGAUUUGGACGAAAUAAUCGAACGUGCCAACAACACAAAUUACGGUUUAGCUUCCGCCGUUUUUUCCAAUGACCUCGACAAAGUUAAUUAUUUGGUGCAAGGCAUCCGAGCCGGCACUGUCUGGGUAAACACGUACAAUGUGUUGGGAGCACAAAUUCCAUUUGGCGGAUUUAAGGAUUCCGGUCACGGUAGAGAAAUGGGCGAAUAUGGAUUAAAUCAAUACACUGAAGUUAAAAGUAUUAUCCAAGCUGUGCCCAUCAAAAACUCAUAA